UAGUCAUGGUGAUUCCCCUCUCAUUACUCUGGAAUGUUCGACAGACCGGUGUGUCUGCAUGACUGUCCAUGAUUAGCCGUCACUCUUUCCUUUAAAUAUCAGCCAAGGGCAUCAACCCUGGCCUCAGAGAUGAGCAGAGAGAAACGAGCGAGGAAACAAGCGAGUGGAUGGAGAGACGGGCGAGUGGUGGGGAUAGCGGGUCUGGCCGUCACACGCUGGCUCAGCGCGGCUCACUUGACCGCGGCAGGCGGCGCGGUAGUCAACUGGUCACGCGCUGGUCUGCCAGGAUAUGUGCUGUCCACGCUAAGGAUCUGUUGUUGUCGCGUCCAGUCUCUGACGUGUCGCAUGACGCCGCCCGAGGCAGCUCAACAAUGGGGUUUUUGGACAGCGCGUCUGCCACUGGAACUGUUCUAGCCUGCAUGCUGACAUUGUCUCUGGUUGACGGAUUAAAGUGUUUGACCUGUCAAGGCCAGAAUGUUUACGAAUGCAUCAUGAGCGCCGUCAUCACACUGUGCAGCAAAGGGGAGGAAUGUCGCUUUCGAAUGUUGCACCGGCGCUACUUCUACACGCGAUGGGAGGCGUGGUUUGAAGCCGGCUGCGCAGCACGCUCUGAAUGCCGACAAGAGGACAGCUUCUCAGCCCACUUUUGUUGUCGCAUCAGCUACUGUAACUAUUUACCAGUUGGCAAAUAAAUCUGACGGCGCCGCACAAAUAGACAAAAACAUUUUAAUGUACAUAUGUCAAAGGACUUUUUGAAUCGUGCUUAUUGUAUAUUUUAUAUAUUUUCUACAUAUAUUUGAUAAAAAGAAUUUCAGUAAUUUUUAUUAAAUUGCAAAU